AUGCGACAAACCGCGUUUAUGACACAAGAUGAUAUGGCCACAUUCAAUGAGCGUUUAGCUCGGUAUUAUGCUGGUGAAUCUCCCAGCAGCAGCUUGCCAGGAUCAUCAUCAUCCAUGUACAAUGACGACGGCAAUGUACGACGAGCAGGAACAUGGUCGGCUGGAACGACCAAAUCAUUGAAACGUAAUGCCACAGGACGCAUAAGUCAUAUGGUUGCUAGGACAGAGAAAGAAAGCCGUGGUUUCUUGGAGCGAUCUUGGUCAAAGCUAUUCAAAUCGAAAAAAGAGAAGCCCAAUACGGCAUUCAGCCUCUCGGAAACAUCACCUGUCUGGUACAGCCAAUUUUCUACCAAUCCAUCCCCUACUGCUGCUGGCCAGCACAAACGAAGCAAUAUGCCCUCUCAAUAUUACGAUUCUCCUUCUUCUCGCAUGGCAAGUGUUUCUGCAUAA